AUGCCUGAUCACCCGCCAGAAGCUCCACGCCGACGAUACACAGCCCGGUCGGCCGCAGACAAUCCCAGAUCCCUCCUUCGCCGAUGGACACACGCAUCUAAUGCUAGUAGCCAUACGCCGCGGAGCCAUGCUACGAUCCAAGAGCGAUACCCGACCUACAACGGCCUCCUCACAUGGGAGGAUCUAGGGGGUUACCUCGAGAGCAUAUGGCCAAGCUGGAAAGCCGACAAGGCAAAUGUUCACAAGGUAAUGAUUUCCAGACCAUAUCCCCUCACACGGUUGCAAUAUGAGGCUCAUUAUACGGAUGAUCGUAAGAAGAUUGCUGAUCUUCGAGACUGCAAACCGCUUGCUCGAAGAUCAUCCACGUCCGAAGACGAAGAAUAA